GCGCUCAGCCGUUCCCUCCUGAUGCGACCGCUAUAAUUCGAACCACGCACCUCGUCCUUUCGCGGCGCUGCCCCGGCAGCAUACCAUCUCCUCCACCUACGCUGGCGGCCACCCACUAGCCAUGCCCAACAACGAGCUCCGGCUGCUCGCGCUCGACGGCGGCGGGGUCCGCGGCCUGUCCGCCCUGAUGAUCCUCCUGGCAGCUCAUGGAGGCCGUCAACGCGGACGCGCCGCCGGAGCCGUGCGACUACUUUGACAUGAUGGGCGGGACGAGCACUGGCGGGCUCAUCGCCGUCAUGCUCGGGCGGCGGAGAAUGAGCAUCGACGAGUGCAUCGACGCCUACCUAUCGCUCUCGGAGCGGAUAUUCCAGAAGAAGAGACAUCGGGAGACGGUCAAGGGCAGGAUCCAGGGACAGUUCGACGCGGAGGAGCUGGCGCGGGAUGUGCGGGAGGUUAUCGAACAGCAAGGCCUGCAGGAGGAGGCGCUCCUAAAGGAGGUGCCGGAAGCAACCUGCAAACAAAUAGGCUACAGCACUCUAACCUUCUGUCAUAGAACAUUGGAAGAGCGGCUGGCAGCUCUGACACUUCCCAAUGAUGAAUUCUUGGCCUCACCUACCGAGGAGUAUAACAUUGUCGACCGCACCGUUAGCGAAGACCCCUACGUCUGGCGCGCACGACACCUAAUCCUUUAGUAUCCAAAGUCUAGGUCUUCUUCGAUCGGCUCCCAUAGCCAGCCAGGUAUCCAACCUCUGUCUAGCCCGUCUUUCAGCCGCUCCAUGACAUCUCUCACCCUCUGCGGCGGCGGUGCCUCGACGGGGACUGCUGGUGCCGGCUUGGUUACCGGGCAGACUGAAGGUAUUCCUUUCAUUGAGCAUCAGCGCGCUCGCAUUCGAGGCCGCUCCCGCUGCCGAUACGCUGUGGGUAGGCAGGACUUCGGUGUCGCUAUCGCGUCUCGGACGCUUGGGAAACGGUGGUGCGCGUCGACAU